UAUGCGUCGCGGGGGGUUGGCGGCUACGGCUAAAUCCCCAAAAGAUCUAAAUCUAAUUUUGCAAGAUAUUCUAUAGUUCUUCGGUGGUUCAACAUUGCCCCUUAAGAACAUCCAUUUACUUCCCCAUUUUUUUUUCUCUAAUUGAAUAAUGGAUUCUGUAAUGCCAUUGAGAACCGCCGCCGCCGCCACGGCAACGGCGGCAACUGCAGCGGCGACGGUAAGACCCCGGUUCUCAUUUCAACUCCUUGCCAAUCCCAGACCUAGGAAACCGGCAUUCUCCUUGUCAGUUCCAACGACUAUUUUCACGACCCACCGAGCUCGAAUUUUACCCCAAUUUACACCGGUUCGAGCUCAAGAGGAUGGUUCAGCGGUGGUUUCUGAAUCCACCGUUCCUGAAGGAGAUGCUCUCAAAAUCAAGGAGUGGGAAGUGGAAAGAUUCCAAGAUGAAAUUGCUGCAAGUCAGGGUAUAAAAAUUAGAAGGAGGCCGACAACAGGACCUCCUUUGCACUAUGUUGGCCCUUUUGAAUUUCGUAUGCAGAAUGAAGGCAAUACUCCUAUUAACAUACUAGAAGAAAUUAUCUGGUACAAGGACAAGGAAGUCUCACAGAUGAAAGAGAAGAAACCGCUUCUUCUACUGAAAAAACAGCUUAGCGGUGUUCCACCUACUAGGGAUUUUCUAGGAGCUCUGAAAGAAUCAUAUUCAAGAACUGGAUUGCCUGCUCUUAUUGCUGAAGUGAAGAAGGCUUCUCCAAGUAGAGGUGUUCUGCGUGAAGAUUUUAAUCCAGUUGAGAUCGCCAAAGCUUAUGAAAGAGGUGGAGCAGCAUGCCUUAGUGUUUUGACAGAUCAGAAAUAUUUUCAGGGAAGCUUUGAAAAUCUAGAGGCCAUAAGGAAUGCUGGAGUAGAGUGCCCUUUGUUAUGUAAAGAAUUUGUUAUAGAGGCUUGGCAAAUCUACUAUGCUCGGGUCAAAGGUGCUGAUGCAAUUCUGUUAAUUGCUGCUGUCCUACCAAAUCUUGAUAUCCAGUAUAUGAUUAAGAUCUGCAAAUUACUUGGAUUGACAGCACUAGUUGAGGUGCAUGAUGAGAUGGAAAUGGACCGUGUCCUCGGAAUUGACGGGGUUGAGCUGAUUGGCAUCAAUAAUAGAGACCUUGGAACUUUCAAGGUGGACAUUAGCAAUACCAAGAAACUUCUGGAAGGAGAGCGUGGGGAAAGAAUUCGGGAGAAGGGCAUUAUUGUUGUUGGGGAGUCUGGACUAUUUACUCCAGCUGAUAUUGGUUAUGUACAAGACGCUGGUGUCAAAGCGGUGCUAGUUGGUGAGUCGCUUGUCAAACAGGAGGAUCCUGCUAAAGGAAUAAGUGGACUUUUUGGUAAAGACAUCUCCUGCUAAGAUCUUGUUGAGAUUCUUCCCCACAAUUUUGUCAUCUCUCACCAUUUGUAUUGUUCGUCACCUGCUUGCGUCAGUGUAAGAUAUAACGUAUGGAUAAUAUGCGCUAUGAAUAGAAAUGAUAAUUUGAUACUUAUUACUUAAUACAUUUAGAAUUGGGCGUA